AUGAGACGGCCUUUUGAGAAACUAGAUUCUCUGCUUCAAAGACCUUCGGUCCGUUGGCAGGAAACAGUCUUCGCGGCUGCCCGAGCCCGAGUUCUAGCAGGUCAUUUGGCAUUCUCAGACAUUGGGCUGAGGGCGAUGUGCCGUCUCGGAACCAGCACGGCCAUUCUGCACCAGCCGCAUCUGCUGCCCGACCAAGUGCUCAGCGCCGCUCUCGCCUGGUCGACGAGUCCCGGUGGCCAGGUCUCCUCGGCCUCGGGCUUUGGCCACUGGAGCGACGCGGCUCAGCCUCCGGCGAGACGGCCACUCGAGGCCGGAUCGGGGCCCGAGAUCAAAUGUCCCAUCAGGACGUUGGGACUGAUCGGUUCGGGCGCUGGUGAGUCGUUGUUGGACCGCCAGACCGGCGUCGGCUGUGCCGGCACUGAGGACGAAGUGGACGAAGAGGGCGAGGAAGAGGAGGAAGAGGAGGAUGAAGAAGAAGAGGAGGAGGAGGAGGAAGAAGAGGAAGAGGAAGAUGAAGAAGAAGAGGAGGAGGAGGAGGAGGAAGAGGAGGAGGAGGAGGAAGAAGAAGAGGAGGAGGAGGACGAUGACGAAAACGACAAGAAGGAUACGAAGACUGUCACUUCUGGCCUGCGCACAGACACAAGAUCCACCGGCAAAUGGGAACUGACUGCCGACGGCACUCGGUUCGAACGAGUUGCCGGUCAACCCGACCUGCCGGUACCUCCGACCCGAGCCCAUCAGCUCAAGCUGUCCGGCGGCGUGGGCUGGAACAACCACGGCCCAACCUCGCUCGGGCCCUGCCACCAACAGGCUCGGACGUUGCGUCGACGCAGAAGCCGAAGCGGACGGCGCCAG